AUCACCUAGAACUUGACCAUGUUCAUAAAAUAAAUUAUUAAGUAAACGCUUCGGAUCUGCUAUCCUUACGCAAUCUGAAGACGCAAUGCACCGUAGGAGGCUAUCGACCUUCCCACAGUUACUUGAAAUAACUGUUAAGCUGUUGGAAAUAACUUUAUGUUAAGCUGUGAACAGGGCAACCGGUGGCUCAGACCAGUCGCGCAUGACCACGGGACUCGAUCGCAAUUCCUAUCUCAUCGCCACACUCGUACUUAAUUUAUCACCAGAAAUGUGUAAAGUAUUAGCUCUCGGUUUGACAUUGUGCUCUAUUUUAGUGCGGACAACAGAUUGCACCUCCAGUUUCGAUCAAAGACAAACGGGAGAUUUAAAUGUGCAAAUUGGUUUGAAAAACAUAAACAUCAUAGCGUUACUAAAAGGAGGAAAAGAGGAAUACGUGGACUACGACUACGCUUACGAUUACUCGGAAAUGACGAUAAAACCGCAAAACGGUACAACACCAAAACCGUUAAAUGCAAACACAACGAUUUCUACAACAGUAUUAUUAGAACAGACUACAGAAGGUAUAAGGAGUAGUACUGGUGUUGCUGUCGAAGUAACCGAAGCAGCUCCUAACCAGCCCGUAAACAAUAAUGUUGUCACUACACCUCAGGCGACAGCGGAUAUCCUCACGACAAUAGCUCCAGAUUCUUCAAAUAAGGCAAAUAUCACCACUGCUUUACCAAUAGCAAAUAAAUGCAGAAGGGGAUUUGUUCAGAAUAAUGAUGGAAAAUGUGAAUAUAAAGUGCAUGGCACAUCGAAUGCAUUACGUAGAAUCGUAAAACUCGCUCAAAAAAUUAAAAUAGGUAGACAGUUUGGAGAAUCUCAAGACUGAUUGAAGAUCUAUAUUAUUACAACGAAAAUUUACUUUAGAUUUUAGAGACCUUAGGAGUGUCCUUUUUUUUUGUUUUUAAGGGGUGAAAAUUAUCGAAUGACUGCUCCCGCCUGGGUGAGGCGGGAGGGAGUGUC